ACCAGCUGGAAGCUGACCUAGUGAAUGGAUUUCUGAAGACACUUGCGGCCGGGAAAAUACACCCCGGCAUACCAUACUGGCGCAGUCCAUUCACACAAGCAAAACGAACCCACCUCCCAAAUGAACAAACUGAUGGAAGUCUCCCACGCGCGCGCCUCCAGCCUACCGCUCGGCCCACAAAGCCUGAUCGGCGCACUCGGCAUCACUACGGUCCUCUUCGAACGCCUACCAGGCUUUGGGCGGAUGCAGCGCGCAAUGCGCUGUCUUGGUAUAGACAUGAACACCGCGACAGCAGCGGUCAUGAUCUCCACGGUGCUAAUAACCUGCUACAACCUGAGUUACUCGACCGUCACCGCGCUGAUAGACAGGUACUUCAGCGCCUCCGUGCGGAUAAACUCUGAGGACACGCUCUUCCGGGACUUCUUCACUUGGCUGUCCGAAGAGCAGGCUGCGGACCUGGACCUGAGCCGUACCCUCAACGCGCGGAAAGUCGCCAGCGACCCGGCCAAUCCCGACAACAGCGGUGGUGGAGGCCAUCUGGGCGAUGAGUUCUACGGCGGCCGCCACCGCCCCCGUGGAAAGCAAGUCUACCGGGUUCAGUAUCUCCCGGCAGCUGGGUCGAGGUACUUUCUCGACUACCGGGGGCGCAAGGUCAGGAUAAUUAUGGAGGAGAUUAAGGACAGCAUAAUGAUGCACGGUAUGCCACAACGGAAGAUUGUCUGGCUACGCUCGUAUGGACGGGAUCCGGGUAUUCUAAAGGAGCUUCUCGAGGAGGUGCUGCGGAAGAGCAAUGCUCGCGACCAGGGCAAGACUGUUGUUUUUCAUGCAACCACGGGCCCCCGGGGCAUACCGCCGCGCUGGGAGAGGGCGCUCUCCAGGCCGAAUAGGUCUAUGGAGACGGUAGUGCUGGAGAGGGAGCAGAAGGAGUUGAUUGUGAGCGAUAUCGAAGAGUAUAUAUUACCCGCCACGGCGAAGUGGUACGCGAAUCGGGGUUUGCCGUACCGGAGGGGGUACUUGCUUUAUGGGCCGCCCGGAACCGGAAAGACAAGUCUAAGCAUAGCCCUAGCGGGCCUCUUCAAUCUAGAAGUCUACGCCCUCUCCCUCUCCGCUGGGAGUCUCACGGACGACACAUUAGCAACACUCUUCACCAUGCUGCCAAGCAGAUGCAUAGUCCUCCUCGAAGACGUUGACGCCUCAAACGUGAAACGCGCCGCGGACCCCCCUACCUCCUUUGGCCUCCUAAACGCCAUCGACGGCGCUGCUUCCCGCGAAGGGCGCAUCCUGAUAAUGACCACGAACCACCGCGAGCGACUAGACCCCGCGCUUAUACGCCCCGGUCGCGUGGAUCUGCAGAUCUCCUUCAAGUGUGCUUCGCGCAACGUCAUCGAGUCGCUAUUCCUGAAUCUUUACGAUGUGGAUGUAGGCGAUCAGGAGGCGUUCAGGAUGCCGGAGGGGUUUCCCUCAGCAGACAAGAUUUUGGAGCUGGCGGGGGAGUUUGGCCGGGUGUUGCCGGAGGGCGUGUUCACGCCGGCAGAGAUUCAGGGGCUGUUAUUGAUGCAUAAGAAGGAUCCUGUCGCAGCGGUCGGGGCGGCCGGGGAGUGGGCGAGGGAGAAGCGGGCAGAGAAGGGGAUGGAGGGGGAGGGGGAGGAGAAAGUGGAGGUUAAUGGGGUUACGCCUGGUCCGGGCAAAGGAGUGAUGGAGGGAGGGGAACCGGAGGAAAUUUGUCUGCUGGAUGGCGCUGGGGAAAUAGUCUAGUCAUCACGCAUCACUCGAAUAGGCAAAAGGCGGAAAUCUCUGGCCUGAGGGGGGGAGGAAGGAACUAGAAGGAUACGAUUCUGUCAGAAUGUGGAUCUUUUUAUUUUUUUUGUUAUUGCCUGGGCUCGUAGUUAUACCGUCUAUUGCAUAAUCAGGGUCUUCCCACUGUCCGGUGUUGCAUAUA